AUGCUGGAGGAGGGCCUCCCGGGCCUCCCGGAGAGCCUCCCGGGUGCUGGAGGAGGGCCUCCCGCGCCAGCUGUGCCAUCAGAGACUCUGGGUUCGCGCCCAGGCUCUGUCGUAACCGGCCGCGACCGGGAGGUCCUGUUAGCAGAGUUGUCCUUCACUUGUGUCAUUGACCUUGUGAGUUCUUUGGAACAUGACUGUUUUCUCUCCGGAAUUAUGGAAUUCUACCAGAAAAUGGUUUCUCCAUUGUGUGUGGCAGGGACAGCCAUCGUGAUCUGCUACUGGGACGGAAUAGUGCACUUUAUCAUGUACCUCAUGAUGAUACACCGCUUAUGGAACACUGUUAUGUCUUAUCAUACCCUCGGUCUCUUCUGGGCUGGAUCGUUGUUUGCCAACAUGAGUGUCUUUGUGACAGGAGUCAUUGUAGGUCAAUUUGGGUCAGAUAUCCAUCCUGCUUUCUGGCUCAACAUGCCCUUCCUAUUGCUUCCUAUAUGAGGAGCGAUCAAGCUGUUCAACAUGCCCAAGACCGGGCCCACCCUCGGAGGAUACAGGGCCCAUUAUCAGCAAUUUUUUAGUCUCAUCUGGCGCACAACAGACCUUUUCCAGGUGCUGCUGAUACUGGGGACCAUGUCCUUCACUCUCUUCAGGGGCUUGGUGAGCCAGCAGGGCCUGAAUACACACUUAGAAAUAAACACACUGUCACAGUAUGAGCCCUAUCUGAAGGACCCGGGGGGCUACCCCAAGGUUAUGAUUCUGCACUUCCUGUUCUACAUGCUGCCAAUGCUGGGGGCCAUUGUCUAUGGACUCAUAGUGCCUGGCUGUAUGUGGAUGCCUGAUUGGACUGUGUUCGAGGCAUUGCCCAGCUCCAUCCAUAUGAUGGAAGUGGAGGAGCCACUGGGAAUACGUGCAGAUGUCUGCUCAGCUGUGCAGCUUGAGACCCCAGGAGAGUUGCGAUCUGCCUUUAGCUCGAUUGCUGAACACUGCAGCUACAUACGACACAAGUAG